AUGGAUCUUAUUCAAGAGGCUGGUUUAAUGAAGACUGUGACUCAGUUUUCAAAGUGCUACGAGAUGUUGGUAAAGGAAUUUAUUGUUAAUUUGUCUGAAGAAUAUGCUGAUGGCAAUUCUAAGGAAUUCAGGAAAGUGUAUGUGAGAGGCAAGUGUGUAAAUUUCUCUCCUUCAGUGAUCAACAAGUAUUUGGGAAGGCCUGAUGAAGUUCAACCUGAGCUUGAGGUGACUGACAACAAAAUCUGUCAAGUUAUCACUGCUAAUCAGAUUGGAGCUGCUAACUGGGUGCCCACCAAUCAUAAAUCUACAGUUGAUGUAAUGCUUGGAAAGUUUAUAUAUGAUGUUGGAACCAAAGCCAAAUUUGACUAUGGCUCCUAUAUUUUUGAUCAAACUUUGAAGCAUGCAGGAAGCUUCAGUGUGAAGGGUCCUAUAGCCUUUCCUUCUCUCAUCUGUGGUACUAUUUUGAAUCAGUUUCCAAACAUCUUAACUGAGAAUGAUUCUGUGAAGAAAAGAGACAACCCUAUGUCUUUCAAUCAUAAGUUGUUCCUAGGUACCCAUGUCCCUGACAUUGUCAUGACAUCAGGUGAGACAUCAUGUGUAAGCAAUCAGCCAGGUAAAGUUGUUGUCAUUGCAAUGCUCAAAGAAACCUGCAGGGAAUUAGAGGCAAGGAAGCUGAACUUGGAAAAAUUGAUUAGCUCUUUGGAGAUGACUGAAGGUGAUGUGCUAGCUGAUGGUGGAGAAUUUGGUGAAGCUGCUGCUGUUGCGGAAGAAGCUGAAAGACAAGGUGAAGAGGGAGAAGUAGAUGUCAGUCCUGAUGAUGGCACAGAUGAUGAUGCUGACUCAGAGUCAGAUGACUAG